UCAUCACCAGCUGUCCUACCUUCCACCUCCACCCUUGAAGCUUCCAAUGCGGAUACCACAACCCUGCCUGUGAGAACCAGCACCCUCGAGCCCGAGACCGCCGAUGCCCACGUGAAGCGCCCCUACGAGAGCAGCAUCACCACCAAGGAGGAUGACCACAAGCCCCACAAGAUGCCCAAGGUGGAAGAUGAACCCGUCAUUGCCACCGAGAAGGCAGCAGCCGCAGACACUGUUCCGGCUCCUACUGGCACCAUCGUGCAGCCACAGGUUGUCCCGGGACUUGGUGCUGGCUCCGCUGAUAAGGCGUCGAAGGACUUGGAAGUUGCCGGACUUGCCACGACGGACAAGGAUGCUGGAGCUGCGUCCACCACGACAGUACCUCAGACUACCGACGCCGUCCCGGCCAAGGUUACCGAAGCUCCGUCCAGCGCGGCCGCUGACACGACCGCUGUCGCCCCAGUGGAAGCUUCUACCAAGCCCGAGACUGCUGCAGCCAUCGCUCCCUCUGAAGUGCCUGAGAGUACUGGCAGCGCCAAGCAGACGACCGAGGUGACACAGCCGGAGCCAGCGACGGCCACCAAGGCCCCGACCGCAGCCGCAGACAGCGAGCCUAUUGCGGUUGUUCCCAGCACCAUCAUCAGACCCUCUGGACGUGACAGCAAAGCAGCGGAUAAGACUGUGGAGGACACCACUGCUGCACCCACGGCCACUGAGGCUGAACAGCCCCUGAAGGUUGCGGAAGACAAGGAGCAGGCGACCAAGGCACCAGAGACUUCCAAGCGCCUCAGCGCUGUUCCCUCUACGAUCAAGGAAACGAAGCCCCAGGAGGCCCAGAAGACCGAGACCUCAGCCACCCAGGGAGUUUCGGCUAGUCAGAAAGAGGAAGGCGCUGCUGCCCAGAAGGCCGAGGAGGUCAAGUCGGAGCCUCAGGCGGAAGGCACCUCUGCUGCUGCUGCUAAGCCCGAAGCCGCUCAAGCCGGACAAGAGACCCAGCAAGCGGGCGCCGCUGCCCCCAAGGCUGAGGAAGGCAAGACGAGCGUUGAGCAGGCCAAGGAUACGGCCAAGGGCGAGGCCGCCAAGCCCCAGGAGACUGCGAAGUCGGAAAGCAGCAAGGCCGAGAAGCGCAAGAGCGGACUUUUCGCCUGGCUCAAGCGCAAGAUCAAGGGCGAGAAGAACUAGAGCUCUGCCUUGUUUCUCUGUGCUUUUCCUGCCGGAGGUGUUCUCCGGAAUGAACUUUUGGCUCCUUUGGCGAGCGGUUGCCGGCCCAGGAGCCCAUAUUGCUGAUACCCCAACAUGGAUGAUUGCAUGGAGUGAUGGAUAUUAAAAAAGCAAAACAAAAAAACCCAAUAAAAAUAUGGAAUAAGGGAAAAGAAAAAGAAAAAAAAAAAAAAAAAAAAUCAAGGCUAGGCAGAAAGAUACCAGAGAUAACAUAACGCCUUAGUAUGAUGAUGGAUGGCGGGUGUACGAUAUGAAUG